AUGUCUCUCGAAACCAUCACGACCAUCUCGCCCUCCACGAAUCAGCCAGUUGUCACUCGGACGGGCGUCACCUCCGAGGACCUACAACGGAUCCCGGAGGUCGCGCAGGAGGCCUUCCGAUCAUUCUCUCAGUCCACCUCUCUCAAGCAGCGUCAAGAGAUUGUCACUCGUGCAUUGGACAUCCUCGAGAAAAAGAAAGAUGAGCUUGCGCGCGAGCUAACCGAGCAGAUGGGUCGCCCGAUCGCAUAUACCGGUGUGGAGGUAAUGACAGCUAUCAAGCGCAGUCGCUACCUGACCAAGAUCAGUGACUCGGUCCUGGGUGACGAGGGCGUUGUCCCCGGUGAAGAGGAGAAGGGCUUCAGGCGCUAUAUCAAGCGGAAGCCCGUUGGUGUGGCCUUUAUCAUAUUUGCCUGGAACUACCCCUAUUUGAUCCUUGUCAACAGUUUGAUCCCUGCUAUUCUGGCCGGAAAUGCUGUCAUUUUGAAACCCUCCCCUCAAACUCCGACCAUAGUAGAGCAAUUUGCCACUGCCUUCACCGAGGCCGGGCUGCCUCAAAACGUCAUCCAAUAUUUCCACUGUGGAUCCCCUACAUUACUUGAAACUAUUGUCCGGUCACCUUUGGUUGACCACAUAUGUUUCACCGGCUCCGUGGCUGGUGGCUUGGCCGUUCAAAGGGCCGCGUCAGACCGCAUUGUCAAUGUUGGGCUGGAGCUCGGUGGCAAAGACCCAGCUUAUGUUCGGGACGAUGUGGAUGCGGCGUGGGCGGCGGAGGAGGUCGUUGACGGAGCUAUCUUCAACAGUGGACAAAGCUGCUGUGCGAUCGAGAGGGUCUACGUGCACAAGAAUAUCUACGAUACCUUCGUUGAGGAAGUCAAGAAGGUCCUAAGCAAGUAUCGUGUCGGAGAUCCGUUUGACGAGCAAACACAGAUCGGGCCUGUAAUUUCAAAGCGUGCGAAGGACACGAUUCAGUCCCAUAUCGCCGAUGCGGUACAGAAGGGUGCCAAGGAUGAAACUCCAGCAAAUGAGACAUUUGAAAACCCUCCUGCGGGUGGAAACUACGUCAAGCCUACGCUUCUGACGGGCGUGAACCAUGACAUGGUUGUUAUGACGGAGGAGACCUUUGGACCUGUCAUUCCUGUUAUGAAGGUCAACAGCGAUGAGGAGGCUAUUAGGCUGAUGAACAACAGCGAGUUUGGACUGACUGCCAGUGUCUGGACCAAGGAUGUGGCUAGGGCUGAGGAACUAGUUGAGCAGGUGGAGGCGGGAACUGUCUUCAUUAACCGAUCUGACUAUCCUAGUCCGGAUCUCGCAUGGACCGGCUGGAAGAAUUCGGGACGGGGCGUAACUCUCAGUCGAUUCGGAUUUGAGCAAUUUGUCAAGCUCAAGAGCCACCAUAUCAAGGCUUACCCUAAAUAA